AUGCCCCGCGCUAACCACGCCGCGUUUUGGCGAAGUGAUCCUACAAACAUUGUAUACAUUUGCUGGAAAAAGGCCUUGUCAUUCUUCCUCCAAAUCAAGACAAAAAGCCGUCCCUUUGUCCCACAGCAGUCCGUCCUCCUCGCUAUGUCCGUCCGAGCGGUGGUCUACGCAUACCGCAAACCCGGUCUUUCACCGGAUGAAUUCAAAAGGCAUUACGAAGCUCAUGUAGAGCUCAUAAAAGAGAUAUCAGGGCCUGAUUUCCCGCUGUCCCACAGACGCAGCUACAUCGCCCGCAGCGCCGUCGACACCUCCCCGGAGGGCGCCUCUACCCGCAAUGCCACCACGCCCGCUGCGGUCCUUGUUGGCCAGCAGUCCGACUUCGACUUUGACGUGUACGCUGAGCUGACAUUUUCCGAUGAAGCAGAGCUCAACGCAUUCAGUGCCAAGGUGUAUGCGCCGGAGGCAGCUGCCCGGAUUGCUGCGGAUGAGGAGAAGUUCCUCGAUAAGUCUAAGUUGGUUAUUGCAAAGUUGGGGGAUGUGACUGAGACUACUAGAUAG